AUGACCCCAAAGCUCGAGACAGACGUUGAAGCUCAGUCCAACACUGUUGCUCCCUCCAUUGCUGGGAAACAGAACACCUCCACCUCUCAGCACCAGAAGUCCUCUUACAGUCCUCCUACGGGCGACUCUGGAUCCUCCGGCUCCUCUAAGGACCAGCAUCCCGAGAAGUACUCAGAGGUUGGGAAGACCCCGGCGAUUGUUGGUGCCCCGGGAGGUGGUGAGCCCUCUGAUCCCAGCCCGGAGGCCCCAGAGGAGAAGGUUAAAUCCGGCCUCAAGCCCAACAAGCUCUCCGCCGCGGCACCCCAGAAAACUGCCGACAGUCAGAUGAACCAGCCCGACAUCAAAGACGCCGAGAAGGCCGCCGGUAAUCCUCUCGACAAGAACCCACGCGAACAGCAUGACGCACCGACGAGUUCCUCUGCUCCUCGCGGUUCUGGUCCUAAGGCCGUGAGGGAGAACAAGAAGGAGCGCACUGUAGUCAAUGCUAAGGUCGCCGGAAUCGAGGGGGGCAAGGGUGUCAAAGGUCGUGAUGACAAGGGUGAAACGAAGGCAUUGGGAGGACCCCCUGCUGAGCAAGGCGCGGAGACGGGUUUGGCGAGUCGUGGGAAAGGCGAAUCCCCUGCCGGCAACGCCAUGGGUGGGCCGCCGGUUGAGCUUGGGAAGAAAAAUGCAACCCAGCAGGGUAGGAAGGAUCACUUGAAACAGGAGAAGAAUGUGGAGAAGCAAGGGUAUGCCCCCGCGGCUCCUAUCGACAAAGCCAAACUCUGA